UUUUUCGAAGCAGGUUCUCGUGUUUAUCAGACAACUUCAAGUCGUAAGAGGCAUAUAUUUAUAAGCAGGGUGCAUUGGCGAGAAAGGGUUAUUUUUCCGAAGUCGCUGGUUGAGGAGGACGUAAUCAUUAAUUUCGACAGUGACUGCUUUCGAAAAUGAUGUUUUUAAUUCGAAAAAUACUUCUUCUCGAAAUAAUACUUAUCAUUUCUUGUGCGUUGGCUGAAUAUAAAAAUCCUCUUGUUGUUAUUACUUGGGAUUAUUUCGAGGCUACUGAAAAAGCUUGGCAGACAAUAUUUAGGGAAAAAAGAAGUUCUUUGGACACAAUUGAGGAAAGUUGCACUUUAUGUGAAAGUCUUCAAUGUCGAACGACUGUUGGGUUUGGAGGCAGUCCUGAUGAAAAUGGUGAAACUACGUUGGAUGCUCUUAUCAUGGAUGGAGUAAAAAUGGACGUUGGUGGUGUGGGUUUACUCAGAAAUGUCAAGAAUGCAAUUUCGGUGGCACGAAAAGUUUUGGAAAAUACAGAACACUCACUUCUUGGUGGCGAACUCGCUCAAAAUUUUGCCGUUGAAAUGGGUUUUAAAAAUGAAUCUUUAGAAACGACGAAGUCCUUAAAUGUCUGGCAAAAGUGGAGAAAAAAUAACUGCCAGCCAAAUUUUUGGAAGAAUGUAAAGCCUAAUCCUUCAAAGUCCUGUGGACCGUACACGCCAAUAAAGGAAGAUUUUCUAAGGGAGAAGACGGAAAAUUUACCUGUUUGGAGUCAGGAAAAUCAUGACACAAUUGGAGUUAUUGCAAUGGACACUAAAGGACACAUAGCGGCAGGAACUUCCACGAAUGGGGCAAAAUACAAAAUUCCAGGCCGAAUUGGUGAUUCACCGAUCGCCGGAGCCGGUGCUUAUGCAGACACAAAUGUCGGUGCCGCCGCUGCAACUGGUGCUGGUGACAUUAUGAUGCGCUUUUUACCCAGUUUCCUUGCGGUGGAAGAAAUGAGAAGGGGAGCAACACCGAAGGAAGCAGCAACGACUGCAGUUCAAAGAAUAGCUGAAUAUUAUCCUAAAUUUUCCGGUGCAGUUAUUGCUUUAGACAAGAAUGGCAAUUACGGAGCUGCAUGCAAUGGACUUGACAGUGAAGAAUUUUCAAAUGGUUUUCCAUAUUACGUUGUUAAUACAAAAUUAGGAAAACCAACAUUAAAAUACGAAUCGUGUAUUGAUAGUAGUUUCUCUCCACUUGUCAAUCAAAUUUUAUAGUAUUUUUCCUAAUUUUACACAAAUAAUUACAUAUUUUUUGUAAAGUUUUGAUAUAAUUAUAUUUAUUAUAUAAUUGUCAUGUU